UUCAGUGAUACCCCCAUUGUAAAAUAAAAUGUCGACGAGCUUGGACAACACCACAACCACGCUGGACAGCGUUGAUCUGGGUGCCCGCGAGGAGCCGCAGCAUCAGCAGGAGCAGCAGCAGGAGCAAGAGCAGGAGCAGGCCAAGGAGGAGAAGGAGUCUAAGCAGCAGGACGACUCGCCUUCGCAGGCGUUCGAUCCAGAGACCGGCGAGAUCAACUGGGACUGCCCGUGUCUCGGCGGCAUGGCGCACGGAACAUGCGGUGAGGAGUUCAAGUCGGCGUUCUCGUGCUUUGUGUACUCGGAGGAGGAGCCCAAGGGUAUGGACUGCAUUGACAAGUUCAAGGCCAUGCAGGAUUGCUUCCGCGCCCACCCCGAGGAGUACGGCGAUGAGCUGUUGGACGACGAUGAGGAUGAGCAGGAGCCCAAGGAGGAGCUGGAAAACGAUACUGAUGUCGAAGACAACAGCGAUGAUGAGGAGGCGACCAAGGCGUGAGGCAGUAUAUAUUUGUAACACGGCUACCUCUCUCGCAGCGAACAUCCCUUUCAUCCUUUUCUUUUAAAAUAGACUACAUCCACAUGCCGACAGUGUGUGGCUGCACGCGUUAGUUCGCGAUCUGGUCGAGCGAGAUGAGG